CCCUCGAUUCGGCCCACUCCCCACGCGCUCGGCAUCCCACAUCGGCAAAUGGCGUGGCCUCCCCCGCGGAGGAGACCUGCAGCGCCUCCUCCGCCCUCGCCAACCCGCCGGGCCUCCUCGACUACGCCGCCAUCCAUUCCUGCCUCCUCCGCGGCGACGCCCGCCUCUCCCUCCCGCUCCUCCUCCUACUCCACUUCCGCCUCCUCGCCGCCGCCGCGGGGGCCCGCUUCACCUCCGCCGUCUCCCGCCUCGCCCCUUCACCCUCCAUGGCCGCCGUCACGCUCCUCGCGAUCGGCAACGGCGCGCCCGACGCGUUCGCUUCCGCCACCGCGCUCGGCGGCGCCGGAGGGAUGCCCAGGGCGGGGCUCGCCGCCAUCCUCUCCGCCGGCGCGUUCGUCUCCGCGUUCGUCGUGGGCGGCGUCGCGCUCAUCGCAGCACCCUUCGCCGUCCCGCCCGCGUCGUUCGCGCGGGACUUGGUCUUCUACCUCCUCGCGGCGUCCGGGCUGUUCUACAUCUGCCUCAGCGCCGAGAUUUUCCUGUGCCAGGCCGUGGGGCUCGUGCUCUUCUACGUCGUCUUCGUGGGGUUAGUGUUCUACAUGGAUUUGGGUGCGGAGGGGAAGGCCGUGAGCGCCGCCGAGCUGGAGAUGGCUAAUGGCAGUGGCCGCGUUGCGAUGGACAGUGGAGGAUCACAAGCAACAAGCCAACAACACCCUGCUUUGUGUGCGGUGCUCAGCAAAGUAACAAAAGUUUGGGAGUGGCCCAUUGCAUUUGUUCUGAAGCUUACAAUACCAUCAACCCUUCCUUCUGAAUGGAACAAAGUUUACAUUUGUGCGAACAUCUGUCUAUGCCCUCUCAUCCUCCUGUAUUCUUUCAGUUCAUUCAUUCCUUUGGAUACCCAAAUAGUGUUUCUUCUCCCUCAAAUCCGCUUCCCUCUAUGGUCUGUUGUGCUUUUUGCUAGCUUUUGUUUGGCUCUAUCCCACGUCCUCUUUGAGAAAGAAGCCUUAGAAACAGAACACAUCGCAAGUACCCUCAUUUCUUUCAUAAUGAGUGUCAUCUGGAUCUCAACCAUGGCUGGAGAGCCCCUGAACUGCCUCGCAGCAAUUGGAGGUAUCAUGGAUUUCCCUCCGGCUAUACUUGGCAUGACGGUCUUGGCUUGGGGGAAUUCUGUGGGUGACUUCGUCUCUGAUGUGGCAUUAGCCAAGGCUGGCCAACCUACGAUCGCCAUUGCUGGCUGCUUUGCUGGUCCAAUGCUCAAUAUGCUGGUUGGAUUGGGAACUGCCCUAGUAGUACAAACAGCAAGAGUGUAUCCCUAAGCUUAUGUACUCGAAUUCCAUAUUGGAAUCGUUGUUGCAUUUGUAUUUCUUCUUCUAAGCUUGAUGGGCGCCCUGUUGGUGGUCAGCUGGGCUAGGUUUCGGGUACCCAGAUUUUGGGGCUACUGCCUUAUGGGGCUAUACAUCAUGUUUACCAUAGUGAGUAUUGCUAUUGCGAGCUCUGCUGGAUGAUACUUGAUUUUCUUUUACAAACAG